AUGUUUGUAGGCAAUUUGGUGACACCCAAAAGCUCUUUCACCCCGAGUUACUCUAAAGCGCCUACAGUUGUAGCGUCAUUUCUGCCACAAUUGUUACUAUUUCCAGAGAAUUCUGCUUAUUUCACUGCCAUGAUGCCAUCAUACCGUUUACUUGAACGACCAGCACGCUCACAGGCUUCUUGUCGUCCUUGCCCGCCGAAAAUUCGGCGUCGCUGUGUAAGCGCAGCCGCAGCGGCGGUUUUCAGUCGGUCAUCGUUAAUGAAUUUGCACGACGUGUUGUACAAUGUGCGGCGAACAUGGUAUCCGGGCGCUUGUGUAUCGCGAUAA